AUGUGUGCAGACGCCCCGCUGAGCUGCCACGUUUGUGAGCAAGAGAACGAUUUCAGCUGCAAGAAUGUACAGCAGUGUAAUCAAGCUGACAAGUUUUGUGGUAUCAUUACCAUAAAAAUAUUUCCGCGUUUCUUCAUGAUUUCAAAGCAGUGCGCGAGAUGGUGUCCAGUAAUUGAGGAACCCAGCCAAGCUCGGUCCAAGCGGUUUAUACUAGAAGGGCCUACACCCUUCUUGUAUGUACUGUGUUGUAGAAGCAACUUAUGCAAUGAAGUGGGGCCAGCCAUGGACUAUACAGUGUUCAGACAAUACACUGGCAGAGCGAGUGAGGUGAGCCGUGGCAGUGCCAGGCUGGCCACCUUUCUGGAGUUCACCGCCACCAUAGGCGGCCUUGGCCUGCCAUGA